GGAUUCGGACCCCUUCCAGUUUUCAGGUGACAUCCAGAGUCCAGACCAUUUCCCCCCUCCAAUGGCAAAAUUUUGGCAGUAGCUGCGGAGGUACUCCAUCAGAACAAGAGAUAGGAUCGUAUAAUUUGCCCAACGAAGCCAGAUAGGCGGAGAGACAGAGAGAGAACGAAGCAGCUUGAAAAGCGAUGGCGGUGGGUAAGGAAGACGAAGGUGACCAAAACCAAAUCCAGGCAAAGGGAAUGAAGGGAAAGUCAUGCAAAGGAUGUCUCUAUUACUCGUCGAUUCUUAAAUCGAAAUCUCGCAAUCCUCGCUGUGUCGGCGUUAGCAGAACUCUUCAACAAGUGCCUGGCUACAUUGUGGGAGAAUCUGAAAUGGAAGCUUCUAAAGAGGGGCGUGGUCUUACAGAUUUCAAGUAUGCUUGUGUUGGUUAUUCUGUAUACUUGGAAGGAAAAGAUGCUUCAACAGAUUCAAAAGAGAAACAGGCAGAAUUGCCAUUCUGUGUUGGUAUAGAGCUUUUGGUGGAUAAAAGACCUUCAACUGCUGACCAUGCUCCUGUUCAUACUCACAACAGAGAAGAUGGCCAUGUUUUCCCUCAGCCUCGAACAUAUAAACCAGCUCAUUCCAUUGGAGAGGAGUUCUUGAGCAGGUUUACCAGAAAUGCAAGCCUGGUUGCUUCAGGCGUGGCCAGGAACAUGUAUAGAGUGGGUAACUAUAUAAAGGACAAUCUUGAUGACAUACUAUAUCCUUACCGAAGGCGACCCAAGUAAGGUUGCUGAAUCACGGCUGCCAUGUACAAUAAUAAAGGAAUGUUGUCAAGAUUCCAAGAAGCGGGAAAUUAGCCUCGUCUGGUCUAAUCAUCCAAAUUUGCAAUUUUUGCUGUUUGCGCUUCUUUCUUUCUUUUUCUAUUGUCUAUGAAGCAAUAAUACUGUUGUUUGACAUGGGGAAACUGGUGGUUACAAUGCAUGCCUUGGAUGGUUUUAUUUGUUUACCCGAUCAAUAUUAUAGUUAAUGAUAACCGACAGUAAUAAUGACAAAUUGCCUUUCUCGUAAA